AUGAAGGACACUUUCGUCAGUUUCAAGAAGAAAGCAAAGAAGAUGGGACUACUUAUUAAUGAAAAUAAAACGAAAUAUAUGUAUAUGAGCCACAAUAAGCAAAGCAGAGACAGGAUCGGUCAGAACAUCACGAUCGAUGACUUCAACUUUGAAUAUUUAAGGGCAGAGAAUAAAGUAUGUGAUAUUCCAAGAGGAAGGGGAAUUGAUGGUACGUCUUUGAUAAAUCGAUUGGUAUCCAGUAGAGGCGAUCCUGAUGAUUACAAUACUUGGGCAAGAAUAUUAAACGAUAAUUCUUGGAAUUACUUGAAGGUUCUGCCAUAUUUUAAAAAUUCGGAAAAUUUUCACUGGACAAAUAAAAAAGCACCGGUAGAUCCUAAAUAUCAUGGAACGAAUGAUUUAACAAGUGAAUGGAAGCAGAGUUUGGAAGAAGUAAAAGAGAUUAGGAGAGAAAAUGAAGUAAUGAAAACUAAAAUCAGGGUGCUAGAAUAUAAACUUGAAGCUAUGGAAAAGAAAGAACGUCGAAAUAACAUUAUUAUCACCGGAUUUGAAACUGCAGGAGAUACUAUAGAGCUAAAAGAAGAUAUAGAGAAUCAGUUGCAAACUUUUCUUGGAACAAAGUUAACACAUACACAAAUAACCGAGACAAUCAAACACUAUGAAGAUAUUAUAGAAAAAGGUAUAAAGGAUAGUGCAAAUCAUAAGGCACCUAAAGAUGCAAGUAUCUAUAAAGCCCGUAAGAAACCAAUUAAGACUUUUGGUUCUUAUGAUUUCAUCGUUAUUGGUGGAGGUGUUACAGGAUCAGUUAUCGCAAGCAGACUCUCUGAACGGAAAGAUUUUAAGGUUUUGGUAAUAGAAGCGGGAAAUUUUACUGAUAAUGGUAUUAUACAGUUCCCAGGACUUUUCCAAUAUAGUCUUUCGUCUAGCUAUAACUGGGCUUACAAGAGUAUACCACAAACUACUGCAUGUCUUGGAGCAGAGAAUAAAGUAUGUGAUAUUCCAAGAGGAAGAGGAAUUGGUGGUACGUCUUUGAUAAAUGGAUUGGUAUCAAGUAGAGGCCAUCCUGAUGACUACAACACUUGGGCAAAAAUAUUAAACGAUAAUUCCUGGAAUUACUCAAAGGUUCUCCCAUAUUUUAAAAAUUCGGAAAAUUUUCACUGGACAAAUAAAAAAGCACCGGUAGAUCCUAAAUAUCAUGGAACCAAGGGUCUGCUAAAUGUGCAGCAUAAAGUACCAAACGUUAUAUACAAUGACAUUUUUUUGGAUGCCAACAAAGAAUUAGGCUCUGAUAUAAUUGACUACAAUAGUAAUCGACAACAAGGAGCUUCUAUUUUCCAACUAUUUAAUAAUAAUGGCAAAAGACAAGAUUUAGGUUCGGCCUUUAUAAUACCGUUUCUAAAUAGAACAAAUCUUAAAGUUUUGACCCAGAGUUACGUCAUCAAAAUAGAAAUUAGUAAAAGAACUAAAACCGUAAAAGGUGUUUUGUUUACAAAAGGUGGUUAUACUUACAGAGCAAAAGCAAAAAAGGAGGUCAUACUUUGUGCAGGUGCUAUUGCGAGUCCACAAAUAUUAAUGUUGUCUGGAAUUGGUCCCAAAAAACAUCUCAAAGAUAUCAAAAUACCUUUGAUUAAAAAUUUAGAAGUUGGAACUAGGCUUAGGGAUCAUCUAGAUAUAAAAUUACUAUUUUCAGGACAUAUUAUUAUUCCUAAACAAAACAUAACACAACAAUUGCAAGACUAUCUAAAAGGUAGUGGUACCCUUACUGCACUAUCAUACACUCAGGGUGUAGCCUUUCAUGAAACUAAAAAUAGGACUAGGAAAGGUGUACCAAACCUGGAAAUCAUUAUGGAUGUAGAGCAUAAACCAUCACCUGCAAAAAGUGUUUCCCUUUCGGAACACAGUAUGAAUGAAGUUCUUUGGUCAAAUAAUACGUUGGGUCUCAGUUUUACUGCAAUACAUACAGAUCCAAAAUCUACAGGUACACUCAGAUUAAAGAGCAGAAAUCCUUUUGAUUACCCCCUUAUAAAUCCAAAUCUCUUAUCAGAUUCUGAAAAUAAUGAUAUUGAUGAGUUGUAUCAAAGUAUACAACUCAUAUUUAAGCUGUCAGAUACUAAAGCAUUUCAGCGUAUCAAACUAAAGUACAUGAGCAAACCUUUACCAGUUUGUAGCCACUUAAAAUUUAAAUCUAAAGAUUAUUGGUACUGUUUUUUACGACAAAUGACUACGACAGCAUUACAUCCAAUGUCAACGUGUCCAAUGGGACGUAGUCCAAAACAAGGAGCAGUGGUUGAUUCAAAUUUGAAAGUUUUUGGAAUUAAAAGAUUAAGGGUUGCAGAUGCCAGUGUUUUUCCUAUUUCUACUACAGGUCAUCCUUGUGUACCUUGUAUUAUGAUUGGAGAGAAGAUUUCCGAUUACAUAAAAUACCAUUAUUAA